CACAUUUCUUAUGUGUAUAUAACAGUGUCACAAGGCCAUGUAUUCAUUCAUUGAUUUCAUUCACUCAGAAAAGACUGUCUUAAAUCAUCUCAUUCUCCUAAAUCACAUUCUUUUUUCUUCAUACUUAUUUUAAAAACCAAACAAUGAUUUCAAGUGUUUUUUCAGAUCACUGCAUAAGCACUAACAUGGCCUCUGUGAAAGCCAUUCUUACAACUACAGCUUCUAUAGCUGCAUCAGCCAUGGUGGUCCGGUCCCUAGCUCGGGACCUUAUACCAUACGAAGUACAAGAAUACAUCUACUCAAACAUCAAUCUCUUUUUCAGGUCUUUCUCUUCGGAUAUGGUCUUGAUCAUAGAAGAAUACAACGGGCUGGCCAGCAACCAAAUAUACAAGGCUGCAGAGACCUACUUAGGUAGAAAGAUUUCACAAUCCUCCACACACCGGUUAAGAGUCAACAUGCCAGACAAAGAGUCUAAAAUUUCAACUAUUAUCGACAAUGAUCAAGAGAUUAUAGAUUUGUUCAAUGGAGUUAAAUUCAAAUGGAGGCAAGUAUCAACAAAGGUCGAAAACAAUGUCAAUAGAUAUUCAGAACCAUCAUACGGCCAAGGCUAUCAGAUUUGUCACUUUGUGCUUAUGUUUCACAAGAAACACAAGAAAAUGGUGUUUGAGGCCUACUUCCCUUUCUUAUUAAAUGAAUCAAAUAAAGUCAAAGAGGAGGAGAAGACUCUGAAACUCUACACGAUGAAUAGUGAACACAUGAUGAUGAGGUUCUCUCACUCAGGUGAUUAUAUCUGGAGCUCAAUCAAGCUCGAUCAUCCAGCAACAUUUGAAACACUGGCUAUGGAUGUGGAGGUGAAGAGGACUAUCAUGGAGGAUCUUGAUAGGUUUGUGGGGAGAAGAGACUUUUAUAGGAAAGUUGGGAAGGCAUGGAAACGUGGGUAUUUGUUGUAUGGUCCUCCUGGGACAGGUAAAUCUAGCCUGAUUGCAGCCAUGGCUAAUUACCUACAAUUUGACAUAUAUGAUCUGGAAUUGACUGGUAUCCGUACCAAUUCUGAACUGAGGAGCAUUCUUCUGGGCACUGGGAACAGGUCAAUUCUAGUUGUGGAAGACAUUGAUUGCAGUUUGAAUACUGAUGACCGAGAGGCAGAUAAGCAAGCCCUAAACUUCAUUAGAAACUCGAACCACCAAGAAGUGACACUAUCCGGACUGCUCAAUUUCAUAGAUGGGUUAUGGUCAAGCUGUGGAGACGAGAGGAUCUUAGUGUUCACAACCAACCACAAGGAAAGAUUAGACCCCGCACUUUUGAGGCCCGGUAGGAUGGAUGUACAUAUCCACAUGUCCUACUGCACAUUUGGUGCAUUUAUGACAUUCGCAAAGAAUUAUUUGGGAAUUGAGGAGAAUUUUCUCUUCCCUGAAAUUGAAAAUCUGUUAAUGAAGGCAAAUGUGACCCCAGCAGAGGUGGGUGAACAGUUGCUGAGGAAAGUGGAGGUUGAGGCUGCACUGGAGGGUCUUGUUGAGUUCCUCAAAGAGAAAAUUAGGGACAUAGAUGAGAACAAGGAAAACGCAAUAGAACAAGAUGUUGAAACCGAACUUGGUGAAACGUCUGAGUAAUUAUACUUUUGUAAUUCAUAAAGGAACAAUUUGGGUAAAUCAGGGGUAUGUCUCCAAUGUUUUAUCAGUUCUGAACUUCAGACGAUAAUAAUGUUUGUAUUUAAGCUCUGCAUUCUGUAA